UAGUUAAGCAGUUCCAUGAAAACCCUUUAGAUUUAAUUUGCAUGAACUUAUUUGAACUCCCUCGAUACUUGACAACACUAGAAGCUAAUAGUAUAGACAUAACGGAAUUUUGUACAUGAACUGUGGUAAUUGGUUAGGAAUUUUUGACGAUUGAAUAUACAUUGUAAAAGCGUAAGCCAAACCGCGUACACCUUCUUUGCAUACAAGCAAAAACCGAGAUAUCACAAGUUUCCUCCAAUCACAACCGGUGUAAUUUCUACAUUUUGGUCCUUCGAACCGGAUUGUGAAAGGAAGUAUUACGUGCAGUGAAACUUGCAGCAGGACACUACGUGACCACAAAUCUCGGGAAAAACGGCACUCCGUGACCGUUUAUGUGACGCGUUUCUUUCAAGUGUAAUUUUGGCUACGCAAUCCGUGGUGUUAACCACUGUGUAUCGUGUAAUUGCUCCGCUAUCACGAGCAAUCGGAACAUUUGUUAGUUGUGUGUCCAUGUUAAUCGUGUUGCCACCAAAAAACUUACCGUAAAGUGCUAGUGAAAUUUGUUCGGACAGAGUGAAGAAAAACCGACGCCAAACUCGCCAUUUCAAAUUUGGCAUCCAUAAUUGCAAUAGCACCCAUUGCUAAAAUUGCGCCAUUGGAAGGUCAUUCUUGCGUACAAGCUUGUACACGAUCUGAUUAAGAUUAUCUUGCGCGCCAAAUUUUUGAAAGGAAAAUGGAGAAGAAACUCAAGUCGGUUCAAAUUAAAAAACGCCAAGCUGUGGAACUGGUUAAGAACAUUGAGAAGUUCACAAGUGAAUAUACCGAGGACCAAGUGAGUGAAAUACCAGUAUGCCUAGAACAGUUGGAGAAGUAUUAUGAAGAUUUUCUCCAGGCAAACGCGAAAGUGUCGGAGUUAGAUGAGGACGCGGCGGACACGUAUGUAAUGGAACGUUGUGAUAUGGACACGCGUUACCGACGCGUUAAGGGUUUCCUUCUACGAAGGCAACCAUCUGGUGUGAUAAGUGAUUCGUUGUUGAUCGCCAAUUCAACGUUAAACAGUUCGGGACGAUCGAGUGCGGUGAAUUUGCGGUUGCCAAAAAUCGAAUUACCCACGUUCGACGGGGAUUCGACAAAAUGGCUAACGUUCCGGGACAGAUUUGUGGCGAUGAUCGAUUCUUCAGCGGACAUUCCCAACAUCAUGAAGCUGCAAUAUCUGCUGUCAUCGUUAAAGGGCGAUGCUGGUCUGCUAUUCGAGCAUACCACCCUGACAGCAGAUAACUAUGACGUUACGUGGUCUGCCUUGCUGAAGCGAUACGACAACCCGCGUACGCUUGCUCGCGAAUAUUAUCGCAAUAUUCAUCACCUGCCAACUGUGAGCCGAGAGAGUGUGGACGAGUUGGCACAUCUGGUGGAUGAGUUUACUCGACAUGUCAACGGGCUGAGGAAACUCGACGAACCUGUGGAUCACUGGGAUACGCCGCUCUGCAACCUACUGCUGAUGAAAUUGGAUCCUGUCACCAUCCUAGCUUGGGAAAACCACUCGACAAGCCACCUGAAAGAUAAGUACAAGGAACUAGUAGAUUUCUUACACGAUCGCAUCCGAAUACUUAAGUCUACGCGUGAGUUUUCGCAUAAUGUUGAGGGGAAGAUGAAAAUGGUGGCCGGUCACAAAAGAUCAUCCGAACAGAGGCCAAGGGUGGUAGGCAACACAGCAACAGCACAAAGGGCUUCACCGAAUGUUCCAGCACCGCAGCCAUCGUGCAUUUUGGGUUGUGCGGAUCCACACCACUUGCGCAAUUGUCCAACAUUUGCAAGCAAGGACGUACAACAGCGACGUGAAGUGGCCACAAGAGAACGAUUGUGCUGGAAUUGCCUUAAUCGCAAUCACCAAGUAAAGGAUUGUCGUUCGUCAUACAAGUGCACUACGUGCAAGGCACGACAUCAUUCACUGCUUCACGUGAAUCCAGUAGUGACCAUGGCUGCCCAAUCGGAGGAAGAAAUGGUGUUGCUGGAAACGGUACAACUCCAGCUGGUUGAUGAUUAUGGCAACAGGUUUGAUGCUCGGGCUCUUCUUGAUUCGGGAUCAAUGUGCAAUUUUGUUUCCGAAACCAUGGCACAUCGGUUGCUGACACCACGGUCACAAGUGGACAUCGCUAUCUCAGGUAUAGGGCAAUCGAAACAGCACGUGAAGGGUGCCAUUACUGCAACCGUGCAAUCAAGGGGCAAUGAUUUCUCUGCACCAAUGGAAUUUCUUGUGCUAAAGACUCCGUCAGCAGAAAUUCCAACCGCGCCGAUAAAUAUAGAAUCUUGGAACAUCCCGAACGUAGUGCUCGCAGACACUACUUUCCACGUUCCCGGAAAGGUAGAUAUAGUCAUUGGUGGAGAUACGUUUUGGGAACUGCAUACUGGCAGGAAGCAGUCGUUGGGCACUGGCAAACCAUGGCUAAUAGAAACCCCGUUUGGAUGGGCGGUUUCCGGGAAUACUUCCAAGGGCACCGGGCCUAGCUUGAAACUAUGCCAUAUGGCUGCCAACGAAUGCGCCAUAGAAGCUCUACUCCAACGGUUUUGGGAGACUGAGAGCAUUUUAGAAGGUCCCGCAAUGUCUGUAGAAGAGGAUCUGUGCGAGAAGCACUAUGUUGCUACGACCACUCGAAACGCACAGGGCCGUUAUGUUGUAUCGUUACCGCGAAGCAACAAGCCGGAAAUAGUCCUGGGACUGUCAAGGGACAUUGCGGAUCGGCGGCUGCUAGGCGUAGAACGCCGACUCAAAGCUAAUCCUGAAAUGGAAAAGGAAUAUAAAAGGUUUAUGGCCGAAUAUGAGCAGCUGGGCCACAUGAUAAAACUCACCGAAAAUGUUGACGACAGUAAAGCACACUGUUACAUCCCUCAUCAUGCCGUGAUCAAGGAAUCGAGCUCAUCAACCAAAGUUCGUGUUGUUUUCGAUGCAUCCUGCAAAACAACCUCUGGCUACGCGUUGAAUGACACCCUACUAAUUGGGCCUACGGUUCAAGAUGAUUUGCUCACAAUAAUCCUCAGAUUCAGAAAGCAUGCUGUCGCACUGGUGGCAGACGUUGAAAAAAUGUACAGGCAGAUCCUGCAUUGCGCGAAAGACCGUAAACUAUUGCGCAUCCGAUAUCGCGAACAUGUGACCGACCCCAUAUCAACGUAUGAGUUGCAGACGGUUACCUACGGUACGGCGUCUGCCCCUUUUUUGGCAACUCGUACGUUGCAACAGAUCGCACAUGAUCACAAGAACGAGUAUCCCAAGGCAGUCGACCCGGUGCUUCAUGAUUUUUACGUGGAUGACUUGGUGACUGGGGCAACGGAUGUAGCAGAAGCCAUCGACAUUCGAAACCAAGUAUCUGCAAUGUUAGAGUCGGCGGGAUUCCCUUUAAAAAAGUGGGCGUCGAACAUCCCAGAAGCGCUCGAGGGUGUGCCAAGCGAGGAUUUGGCAGUUAAACCACUAUUAGACUGGGAAGAAGAUCAGGAGGUUUCCACAUUGGGCCUGGUUUGGGAGCCAUGCAAUGAUAUGUUCCGUUUCCGUGUCGAUCUGCCGCCCCCUGCAGAAGAGCUGACCCGAAGUCUCGUACUAUCGUAUACGGCCAGAAUCUUUGAUCCCAUCGGUCUGUUAGGACCAACGGUGAUACUGGCGAAGAUGUUCCUUCAACGGUUAUGGAGAGUAAAGCAAGAUGGGAAACCGAUAGAUUGGAACCGAGCACUGCCAGAAGCGCUACAAGAGGAAUGGAGGGAGUUCCAUUCGACUUUAUAUUCGCUACGUAAACUACGAGUUCCUCGAUUUGUAGCGCAACCCAACCACGAAAUUCUGCAGUUGCAUCUCUUCGCUGAUGCGUCUCAAGGAGCGUAUGGAGCAUGCUGCUACGUGCGGGCAGAAUCGUCAAGGGGCACGACGGUCAGAUUGUUAGCUGCUAAGUCCAAGGUGGUAUCGUUGGCAAACACACAUUCCAUUGCCAGAUUGGAAUUAUGUGCAGCACGAUUAGCGGUACAAUUGUUCCAAAAGGUGAUUCGUGCACUCAACAUAUCAUCGACGGUAAUCUGUUGGACAGAUUCCAUGACCGUUAUGCACUGGCUCAGAUCAUCACCUCGUCGCUGGAAGCCGUUUGUUGCCAACAGAGUGGCACAAAUACAAGAAGAAACGCGAAUUUCGUGUUGGCGUCAUGUUCCUGGCAGUGAUAAUCCGGCGGAUGAUCUAUCGCGCGGGCUUAAUCCUGAAGAGUUGUUGCAGUGUGGACGUUGGUGGCAAGGGCCAUCUUGGUUGUCUUACGGACAGGAGGAGUGGCCUCAAGCACCAACAGGGAUAAAGGAGCACGAGGCAGACACCGAGGAGCGGUUGGCGGUGUCAAAGGUUGUCGCCACCUCUACGACGGGCGACUUCAGCAAUGCACUCUUCGCACGAUACUCCGCUUACAGCAAGCUGCGAAGAGUCAUGGGGUAUUGCUUGCGGUUUUUCGGAAACCUACGCGCGAGCAAAGCAUCUCCGGUCGAGCGCGUCAAACGAAAAGUAGACAUGAAGACGCUACUGUGUUUCACUCCAUCGCUUACAGCAGCGGAGUUGCAAGAAGCGGAACUAAGGUUGUGCCAGCUGGCACAACAGGACUCGUUUGGGGACGAAUUGGAUCACCUAAAACGAGGAAAGCAGGUGAAUUCAAGGUCAAAGCUGAAGUGGUUGUCACCAUACCUCGAUCCAAAGGGUAUGUUACGCGUUGGUGGCCGGCUUGGUAAUGCCAACAUACCAGAAUCAACCAAGCAUCCGAUUGUCCUCGCAGCAUCACAUCGUUUGUCGACUCUACUGGCAGAGAACAUCCAUCUGCAGAAGAUGCAUGCCGGACCACAAUUGAUGCUGGCAACGCUCCGGCAGAAAUUUUGGUUGAUUGGUGGUCGAAAUUUGGUGAAAAGCGUGUAUCAUCGAUGCCACACAUGCUUUAGAAACAAGCCGACGUUGGUGAAGCAGGCGGUAGCAGAUUUGCCUGCAUCAAGAGUGGUACCAACCCAGCCGUUUGCAGUAAGCGGUGUCGACUAUUGUGGACCCUUUUUACUAAAGUCGACCGUCCGCAAUAGAAGUCCGACGAAAGCGUACAUCGCGAUUUUCGUAUGUUUCGCAACAAGGGCAGUUCAUAUCGAACUGGUGAGUGACCUCACAUCGACUGCGUUUUUAGCGGCACUACGACGCUUUGUCGCCAGGCGUGGGAGGGUAACUGAGUUGCACUCGGAUAAUGCAACAACGUUCAAGGGCGCUGCACAUGAGUUGCAUCGCAUAUACAGGAUGCUGAAAGUCGAUGAGGGUGAUAGGAGAAGUAUUUUUGAUUGGUGCGCCGAAAGCGAAAUCAGGUGGAAAUUUAUCCCUCCACGCGCACCUCAUUUUGGAGGCCUUUGGGAAGCAGCGGUCAAGUCAGCGAAAGGUCACCUACUUAAGACGAUAGGAGUUAGUAGCGUAACCCAGGAAAACAUGCUUACCCUUCUGGCUCAAAUUGAGCAAUGCCUUAAUUCACGGCCGUUAGUACCCAUGUCCGAUGAUCCGACCGAUUUGGAGGCACUAACUCCGGGUCAUUUUUUGAUAGGUCGUAGUAUGCAGGCAGUCCCAGAGGUCAAUGUAAGUAAGGUUUCGUCAAAUCGUUUAAGCAAUUACCAGAUAGUGCAAAAGCACAUGCAGGAAAUUUGGGCCCGCUGGUACCCUGAGUACCUGCAGCAAUUACAAGCCAGGGCAAAACAUGCGAACAAUGAACCUGUAAAGCUAGAGAUCAACCAAUUAGUGGUUGUAAAAGAAGAUAACGUCCCACCUGCAGUUUGGCCGAAGGCACGAAUAACCGCUUUACAUCCGGGUAAAGAUGGGGUAGUAAGAGUAAUCCCUUUACGAGGAAAACUCGGCAAGGAAUUCGUUAGAGCAGCUAAUAGAGUCGCGUUAUUACCUAACCCCAACGAUUAG